AUGCGAGAGGAGAUAGUUGAUUUGAAGCGUAAGUACAAGGAGGAGUUGGCAGAUGAGGAGCGUGAAAAGAAACAAGAGUUAGAGAAGAAACAAGAGAACAUAGAUGAACUAAAGCGUAAGCAUAAGGAGGAGUUAGGAGUGAUAGAGAAAAGAAACAAGGAAGAAUUGACAAAGAAAGAGGAGGAGUACGUAGAAGAUCAUGAGAAGGAGUUUAAAUUAUAUGUAUAUGUGAGGAAUAAUUUAGAAAGUUAUGUGAUUGCAGAUUUUUACAACAAUAUGGUGCAGAAGUUGCAAAAAAUCUUUCCUCCUUCAAAACUUAUCUUUGAGCGGAGCACUAGUGUCCGUCAAGAUACAUGGCCUCCAGUUAGGGUUUUUCAUAACAACGCUGAUGGCGGCUCAGCUGGUACAUUAUUCAAAUAUCUUGAUAAUUGUAUAACUCCUUCUGGGAAGCGACUUUUGAGGAGUUGGAUUUGUCACCCAUUGAAGGACGUUGAGGAAAUCAAUAAUAGACUUAAUGUGGUCGAGGCCUUAAUUACGCGUUCAGAAAUCAUGUUAAUUGUGGCACAAUAUCUGCGCAAGAUUCCAGACUUAGAAAGGUUGCUUGCCAAGGUUAAAGCUAUGGUUCAUUCGCAAGCUAUACUCACUAUGCCGCUGGUAGGAAAGAAAACAUUGAAACAAAGGGUGAAAGUAUUUGGAUCGAUUGUAAAAGGUUUUCGAAUUGGGAUGAACUUACUUAUUUUGCUACACAAUGACGAGCAUCUCAUGUCGUUGCUAUCAAAAGUCCUGGACAUCCCGCAGCUUAGUGAGCAUAAUGCCCUUAGUGAGUUUCUUAGCCAGUUUGAAGCGGCUAUUGACAGUGACUUCCCCAAAUAUCAGGACCAUGAUGCAACAGAAGCCGAUGCUGAGACACUUUCUAUUUUGAUUGAGUUGUUUGUUGAGAAAGCUAGUCAAUGGUCUCAAGUAAUAUUUGCCCUAUGUUGCAUAGAUGUACUAAGAUCGUUUUCUGCCAUCGCAAUUGAUUCAAGUGGAUCUAUGUGCCGGCCUUCUAUUCUACCACAGUCUACUUCUAAUACGGUUUGCCAAAAUAGCAAAGGACCUAUACUGAAUAUUAAAAGAUUGUGGCAUCCAUUUUCUCUAAGAGAAAAUGGAGUUCCUGUCCCAAAUGAUAUGAUACUGGGAGAGGGUACAAACGGCCAUCAUCCCCGGACUCUGCUGUUGACUGGACCAAACAUGGGGGGAAAAUCAACUCUCUUGCGUGCUGCCUGUCUAGCAGUUAUAUUGGCACAGCUUGGCUGCUAUGUGCCAAGUGAGAUGUGUGUGCUAUCAGUUGCUGACACUAUUUUCACGAGGCUUGGUGCAACUGAUCGGAUUAUGACCGGUGAAAGUAAGUUUCACAAUAGCCUUUUCCACUAAUUUCCUGGAUUUAGAGUCCCGGGUGCAAUUAGAUAUAAGUUGGAUUGGAUUCUGUUAUUUAAUGAUCCAAAUAAGUCACAAGCCAUGAGCCAAAGUGCCCUUUUUUUUGGGUUGAAGCCUAAGUGCCCUAAGAAGUCGUCUCUUGUAGCUAAAUUAGUU